CGUGUCACUCUAUCUCUGCGAGCAGAAUGCUUUGACCUGAAAAAAUCUACCUUUCUCUCUCCUUCUUCCCCCUUACAUCCCACAACGUUUUCGCUGUCACCAAACUUCAGCAUCUUCCACACUGGGCAAUGAGUUUGAGAUAUGGAAGUGUGAGUUUUGUUGCUUUAGUGCUUUUGCCACUCAUGGCUUCUGCAGCUUCAGUUGUGAAGAACCUUCCUGGUUAUGAGGGCAACCUUCCUUUCAAGCUUGAAACUGGAUACAUCGGAGUGGGAGAGGAGGGAGUAAAUAUAUUUCACUUAUUUGUUGAAUCUCAAAGAAACCCCUUCAUUGAUCCAGUGCUACUAUGGUUUGUUGGAGGUCCAGGUUGUUCUGCACUAUCAGCCUUCUUUUUUGAAAAUGGGCCUUUAAUAAUGAAUGGUGAUAACAGUGGAAACCUUCCAACACUUGAGUUGAACCCAUAUGGGUGGUCACAGACAUUGAAUAUGCUAUACAUAGAUAUGCCAGUAGGUACAGGAUUUUCAUACUCAGAAACCCAACAAGGCUAUUACAGUAAUGACACGUUAUGGGUUGACCAUACUUAUGAAUUUCUACAAAAGUGGUUUAUUGAUCAUCCAAAGUUUAACUCAAAUCCAUUCUACAUUGGUGGUGGUUCAUAUUCAGGAUUAACCACAGGACCUCUUGUUCAAAAGGUGUAUGAAGGUUAUAAAGCAAGACACAAGCCACUCAUCAACAUCAAAGGGUAUGUAAUUGCGAGCCCAGCUGUUGACCCAUUUCAAGAACAAAACAUGAAAGUUGUAUAUGCAUACCAAAGGAGUCUUAUAUCCGAAGUACUCUACAAGUCUAUGAAAGAAAACUGUAACGGUGAUUAUGUAAACAUUGAUCCACAAAACACAAAGUGUUUCUUAGAUUAUGAAGCUUAUUCGGAGCUAGUUCGUUACAUAAACGAACAACAAAUCAUGGAACCUGUUUGUGUUACCACGCCUGGUUUGAAACGACAAAUGCUACAAGAACUUCAAGAUCCUCCUACAUUUUGGUGUAGAAGCUAUUAUCAUAUCUUUGUCGACAAAUGGGCAAACGAUGAAAAUGUGAGGAAGGCCCUUCAUGUAAGAGAGGGAACUAAAGAGGAAUUCCUGAGAUGCAACAGGACAAUGGCAUACGCCCAAACUUUUAAAAACUCAGUACAAUAUUAUCGGAAUCUCACAAACGCCAACCUUGAAGCUCUCGUUUACUGUAGUGAUCUUGAUAUGAGUAUUCCACAUCUGGGUACACAACAUUGGAUCAAUUCGUUCAACAUGACCAUACGUGACAAAUGGCGUGCAUGGUUUGUCGACGGUCAAGUUGCCGGGUACACAGAACUGUAUAAAAUGAAAGAAGAUCACUUCUUUACAUAUGUAAUCGUGAAGGGUGCUGGACAUGUGGCUCAAACAUUUAAACCCAAGGAAGUUUAUAAUUUGAUCAAUAGAUGGUUUUCAUUUUCUCUUAUCUAAGAUUAUGCUUCAACUUGAUGGAUUUCUAUGAACCCGGUUUUUUUCUCUCAGUAUCUCUAUGAAAUCAUAAUUUUAUCUA